AUGGCUUCCGACAAUGGCCUCACUCUGUCCGUCAUUGGAUGCGGUACCAUGGGUAUCGCAAUCCUAGGCGGCAUCAUGGACUCCCUCAACUCCUCCCAAUCCUCUGAACAAGAACAGAACUUGCCUCCCCGUCUUCCAAACCGCUUCAAUGCCACAUGCCGCAGCGAUCGUAGUGCCUCGCGCAUCAAGAACGAGCUGCAAAAAUACAAUGCCAACCUCAAUGUCAUCCAAUCCGAUAACGUGCGCGCCAUGAAAGAAGCAGAUGUGAUUUUGCUGGCCUGCAAACCCUUCUACGUCAAGGAUGUGCUGCAAGCAGAGGGUGUGCGUGAAGCCCUCGAGGGCAAAUUGCUCAUCAGUAUUCUUGCUGGGGUUCCCGAAGCUCAAUUGGAAGAUCUGCUAUACCCUGGUUUAUCGCAUGAGGAGGUCAGAGAGAAGAUCACGAUCGUGCGUACCAUGCCCAAUACUGCUUCAAAGGUGCGCGAGAGCAUGACGGUCAUCAAUCAAUCGACUCCUCCACUGCCCACUGAUACCAAGAAUCUCGUUCAUUGGAUGAUGUCGCGUAUUGGCAAGGUUGUCGAGAUUGAGCCCAAGAACAUGGAUGCAUGUACUGCUCUCUGUGGCUCUGGUCCUGCGUUUGCGGCUCUGAUCAUGGAGGCUCUUGCAGAUGGCGGUGUGGCCAUGGGUAUUCCUAGAGCAGAGGCAAAUCUUAUGGCUGCACAGGUCAUGAGAGGUACUACAGGAUUGGUGCAAGAUGGAGAACAUCCCGCUAUCUUGAGAGAGAAGGUGUCGACACCUGGUGGCUGUACUAUUGGAGGUCUGCUCGCGCUAGAGGAUGGAGCUGUCAGGAGCCAUGUGUCGAGAGCUGUCAGAGAGGCUACUGUUGUUGCUAGUCUGCUGGGCAGUGGCGCGAAGAAUGUCAAUGGAACCAGACAUUGA